GUUUGCCGGCUGCGGCGCCGCGCGUCCUCCUUUUUGCACACACACGAAUACAAAGAGCCAUACGACCUUCGGAUGCCGGUGGGUGUUUUGAGGGUCCUGUCUCCGCAUUGGUGAGGCGUUUCAUGCUUGGGGGCAGGGAGAGUACCCUCUGCCCUCUGAGACUCUGCUCAUCAGAAAGGCACCCCGCUUCUAGUCGGGUGAGUGUGGCACCUGCCAAGCCGUGCUAGGGAGCGCCGGACCUGCAGGUUGAGGAGAGACCACCAUGGACUGCCUGCUCCCUCACUACUUGCCCUCCUGCUGGUCCUGACCAGCUCCUCUGGUCACUGCCCAUGAGAAGGCCAGUGAGGGAGCCAGACCAGUGCUUGCCGCCCAACUCCAGACGCGCAGGGGGCGAGGACCCCCGUAGGAGCCGUCCAGCAGCAGCAGGACCCCUGUAGCGGCACCCUCCAGGCUCUUCCCAGCCAUGUCCUUCAGCGCCACCAUCCUCUUCUCCCCGCCCAGCGGCAGCGAGGCCCGGUGCUGUUGCUGUGCUUGCAAGAGCGAGGCCAGCAGCGGGGGCAGCGCGGGCUCGCAGGGCGGGAACCCCCCGGGCGGCACCCCCAUCACCGUCACAGGGCACGGCCUGGCCGUGCAGAGCUCCGAGCAGCUGCUGCACAUCAUCUACCAGCGCGUGGACAAGGCCGUGGGCCUGGCCGAGGCUGCUCUGGGUCUGGCCAAGGCCAACAACGAACUGUUGAAACGCCUCCAGGAGGAAGUGGGGGAGCUGAAGCAAGGGAAAGCGCCGGCCCCCGAGGAAGAGGGGGACGAGCGGGCCCACCACGGGUCCCCACUGGAGGAGCCCGGACCACUCAAGGAGAGCCCCGGGGCCCCCUGUAAGCCCGCAUCCACGGUGGAAGAGGAGUGCGACAGUGUGGGCAGCGGCGUCCAGGUGGUCAUCGAGGAGCUGCGGCAGCUGGGGGCAGCCUCGGCCGUGGGGCCGGGACCUCUGGGCUUCCCCGGUGCCCAGAGGGACCUGCGUCUCCCCGGGUGCCCGCUGGCCACUGGCGACGGCCCCCCACUGCUCAAUUCCUUGGUGGAUGAUUAUGUGGCCUCUGAGGGCACAGUGCAGCGGGUGCUGGUCCCUGCUUACGCCAAGCAGCUCUCACCAGCCACCCAGCUGGCCAUCCAGCGGGCCACCUCAGAGACAGGGCCCGAAAACGGCAACAAGCUGGUGGUGCCCCGCCCCGAGGAUAUGCUCACUGCUGCUGCCGUGCUGGAUGGUGCCUUGGAAGAGUCAGGCCCUGGGGCACCCGGGGACCUGAGACACUCUCUCGGGUUUGCCAUGUCCCCCUGCAGGAACAGAGUGAGUGGGCAGAAGAACGCCAGGCGCAAGCGGGAUCUCGUACUGUCUAAAUUGGUCCACAAUGUGCAUAACCACAUCACCAAUGACAAGCGAUUCAAUGGGUCUGAAAGCAUCAAGUCCUCUUGGAAUAUUUCAGUAGUGAAGUUCCUUCUGGAGAAGCUCAAGCAGGAGCUGGUGACCAGUCCCCACAAUUACACUGAUAAGGAGCUGAAAGGAGCCUGUGUAGCCUAUUUCCUUACCAAGAGGCGUGAGUACCGCAACUCCCUGAACCCCUUUAAAGGUCUAAAGGAAAAAGAGGAGAAGAAACUUCGAAGUCGCAGAUACCGGCUCUUUGCCAACCGGUCCAGUAUCAUGAGGCAUUUCGGACCCGAGGACCAGCGCCUGUGGAAGGACGUGACAGAAGAGCUGAUGUCGGAUGAGGAGGACAGUCUGAAUGAGCCAGGGGUGUGGGUGGCACGGCCGCCCCGCUUCCGGGCCCAGCGCCUAACAGAGCUCUGCUACCACCUGGACGCCAACUCCAAGCACGGCACAAAGGCCAACCGUGUGUACGGGCCUCCCUCAGACCGACUGCCUUCGGCUGAGGCCCAGCUUCUCCCACCGGAACUCUACAAUCCUAAUUUCCAAGAAGAGGAAGAUGAGGGAGGGGAAGAGAAUGUACCUGUCUCCCCAUCUUUUGACUCACCCCACAAAACCUGCUGUCCUGACUUGAACUCCUUCAUUGAAAUCAAGGUGGAGAAGGACGAAUGAGACCCGUGGCCCCGCAGGCCUCGGCAGUGGAGCGCUUUCCUGGCCUGGCAGGGUGGCUGCUGUGGUCUGAGAAGGGAGCUCUGUCUCUCCGCACACUGUCCCUGUGCAGGUGGGAGCUGGCAGCGCUGGUGGGAUGAAA